UCGCGGCGGAGCGCGAGGCGGGCGGGGAGGGGAGCGCGCGCCUCCGCGGAGCGCUCCUCGGGACGCCCUCGCGCUCCUGCUCUAGGGCGCCAAACCGGCAGGAUCGAGGGGAAGGGUCGGCUAGGAAGGAGGAGAACUUCCCUCCUGAGCGUGUUACACCGGGGGAGGCCAGGGGGUGAGGCACCGACUGCUUUCCGCCAUGCAGGACGAAAUUGCACUGAUGCCUCUAUCCUCAUUAGAAGAUUGUGAGCCUUUGAUCCCACAGUUCCCAACCAAAUGGGAUUUUGUCCUAGUCAGUGACAAUCACAGCCCAUACAGUGAGAAGGGUCAAAAGAAGAGGCGGUUUCUGGAAGAACUGCACAGGAAAGGGUUCAUUAUCAAGACGAUUGAGGAUAAAAAGGUCUUUCAUGGAAUUCAUGCCCCAAGUGGUUUCUUCCGAAAAUACCAGUGGCUUCUGAGUAAUCCUGAUAAUGAACCAGACGUUCUGUGUGCACCUCAGCUAGCUGAAUAUCCCAGAGCGCAUGUUUCAACAACAAGGAUACGUAUUGUCAGUUUUAUCCUGAGGAACACAGAAAUUCCUAGUACGAAGGAGAAAUUUCCAGACUUGGUAAAGAAGAAAGUCUUUGAAACAGCAUUUCCUUUACAUGAGAGAGAAAAUCUGGGCAGAUUUCUGAAAAUAAACUGGGCUCGGUGGAGAGACAUACUUUGUGAACAACCCAUUGAGGAAAUCAGGGAAUAUUUUGGGGAGAAAAUUGCUCUUUAUUUUGCAUGGCUGGGUUGGUACACUCGGAUCCUGUUCAUAGCAGCUGUGCCAGGCGUUAUUCUUUUCGUGUAUGGGUUCCUCAACUUCAGUAGCAGUCAGAUCAGCAAAGAGAUCUGUGCAGCCAACACUACCAUCAUGUGUCCCCUUUGUGACCAGAAGUGCCCAUUUUGGCCACUCUCAGAUACUUGCAUGUAUGCCAAGGUUACCCAUUUGCUUGACAAUGAAGGGACCGUUAUCUUUGCAAUCUUCAUGGCUGUCUGGGCCACUGUAUUCUUGGAGCUGUGGAAGAGGCACAGAGCUAAUGUUGUCAGUUGCUGGAAACUGUAUUGGUGGGAUGAAGAAGAGGAGGAGUUGGCUGUAGAGCUCAUUGAUAACCCAGAACGUGUACCCCGGGAGUACCAACAUUCUUACCUCCGCAGCAUUGUUGUGCUCCUCUUGGCUCUGCUAUUGAUUUGCAUACUGAUUGGUAUCGCCCACAUGCUUGUCAUCUACCGGGUUGUGAUGACAGUCUUCCUGACUCAGUCCAGCUCAGAAUUCUUUCAAGAACGAGCCUCUACCACGGCAGUAAUGACAGGGGCUGUGUUGCACUACUUGACCAUCAUCAUUAUGACCAAGGUGAACAGGCAUGUAGCUCUAUUCCUCUGUGAUCUAGAGAAGCCAAGGACAUUCACUGAGUGUGAGAAGAUCUUCACAUUCAGAUUCUUCACCUUCCAGUUCUUUACCCACUUCUCUUCUCUGAUCUACAUUGGUUUCUUCUUAGGGAGGAUUAAUGGUCGUCCAGGGGAAUAUGUUCGUAUUUCCGGCAAGUGGAGACUGGAAGAAUGUCACCCUAGUGGCUGCCUUAUAGAUCUCUUUAUUCAGCUGGCUGUAAUCAUGACAUUAAAGCAAACCUUGAGCAACUUUGUGGAGUACAUGUUUCCAUAUUUAAGCUAUAAGUGUCGGCUGUUAUCUGGAAAGUCUCAAAGCAGUGGCAGGGUUCAUAUGGAGGCGAAAGCUCAGGACCCAUUCAAGGAGGAAUGGAUAUGGAAUUAUCAGCUCAAUGAAGUCAAUGUCUACAGUUUGUUUGAUGAAUAUUUGGAGAUGAUGAUCCAGUAUAGCUUCACCACUAUUUUUGUGGCUGCCUUUCCCCUUGCUCCAUUGCUGGCCCUUCUGAACAAUAUCAUUGAGAUCCGACUAGAUGCCAUCAAGAUGGUGCGACUGCAGAGGCGUAUGGUGCCCAGGAAAGCCAACGAUAUUGGUGUUUGGCUGCAAGUCCUGGAGGCAAUUGGUAUUUUGGCUGUCAUUGGCAAUGGCCUGGUGAUCGCUAUCACCUCAGACUUCAUCCCCAUGCAGGUGUACAAAUACAUAUAUGGACCAUGUGUACACAAGAACUACACUGGCAUAGACUGUUUGACAGGUUACAUCAACUACAGCCUUUCAGUCUUCAAUGUCAAGGACUUUGAGAACUACAAAGAUCUGAGAGAACUUCAGGACUCCAUGGAGAACAAGAUAACACACUGCAGGUACCGAGACUACAGGAGCAGUGAUGACUACAGUUACUCUGUCCAGUUUUGGCAUGUUUUUGCUGCAAGGCUUGCCUUCCUUAUCUUGUUUGAACAUGUGGCCCUGUGCAUCAAGUUGAUUGCAGCCUGGUUUGUACCUGAUGUCCCCCGGAAGGUUAAAAAUUGGCAUCUGAAGCAAAAGCGUAGAAGGCUGUUGCAGAGACUCAGCACAAUGGACGACUCCACGGAAAUCUAGUGAAACACUGAGGCAGGUGUUGGGAUCAAAACAAGACAUCUCAAAACUGAGUGCAUGGCCAAAUGGUGCUGAAGGCUUCGAAGAUGCAAGCUCAACUCUUCUUACUUAAGCACUGUUUCUGUACUUUACCUCUUCAUUGAAAUAGAGCAAUGCAAAGAUAGCUUUGCAUGGUAAGACUGUUUUGAAUAAGUACGUGUUCCUAGGAGAAGUGAAACUAGACAAUGGCAACACCAGAGAUGAGGGAGAAGACCAUGCAGAUGCUUACAUUGUCAAAAGAAUAACUCACUGUUGGAAGGUUGAAAAGCAAGAAUGUCCAUCUUCCAUAAGUUGGCAGGAUCUGAGAACCUGACACACAUCAUCACCCAAAACAAAUCUGGCACUUAACAGCCGCACAAUUCUUACUUAUUUGUCAUGAACUCACACUGUUUAUAAUAAAUACAGCCCAUGCAUGAACAGGAAAUAUGUUAAAUAAGGCACAGUUCACAUGUAUAUGCUGGUAUCUUAUUUUUGUUCCAAUAUAUUUCUAUUUAGAUAGGAAUCUCUUAUUUGUUUCAUAUGAAUUCCUUGGGUAUAAUUUAAACAUACAUGUACACAGUGCACCUAAAGUUAUUUUUUAGGGUUUUCUUACAAGUUAAUCCCAGCCAAACCUCUAAUUUUCUCUUUAAACCCAGAAUGUAGCAGAUAAGUAAAUCCGUCAGAAUAACUCCUUUGCACUUUUUGAAUCAAACUCUUUGUUUUUUUAAUGGCACGUUAUUUAACACUGGGAGAGGUUUCUUAGGUUAUAAUAUCUAUCCAGUUAACUAUCUACCUCACUAGGAGGCUUAAUUCAGAUCCAAGCAGCACUUUUCAGGCCUUGUCGAUAAUACAAACAUUUUCUUAUUCUAUUGUUCCAGUGAAGCACUGGGGCAGAUGCCCAUAUUCAGGCCACAGUUGAAGUCCUACUCAGAGGUGACAUUGUGUUUAUUUGUACAUACCGUAAUGCUUAACCUAACUUCUUUCACUCAUAAUUUAGGCCUUUAUAGUUGCAUUUAUACAUAACAAUGAUCAGUGUAGAAAGACUCCUUGGGUUUUUUAAAUUAAAAAUGCUGUUGUACCCCAGUUAUAAGCAGCACUUCUGUUCAGUCCAGAAACUCUGCACGUGUCCCUGAAGAAUACAGUUCUAGCUGAUCCUAGAAUGGAACUCAUGUUCAUAAAUAGGGAUAAAACAGAGCAGAAGGGCUCUGGUGCUUUUAAUUACUGUGAGCAAGGGGGAAUUUUGCACGUGAACGACUUGUAUUGCAAAGCGGCAUAUGGGACAGAAGCUGCAGCUGCUGAAAUUCUCUUUUCCACAAGGACUCUGUGCUUCACUUUCUUCUAAACUGAUAUUUUCUCUAAGUUCUCUUGUGCCCCCCUUCCAAUCAAGUGUCUAAUAAUCCUGAGAAACAAAGUACAGUAAAAUAACUAUCAAAUGUUAAGAUUGCAGGUUGUAUUUCAGAUGUAAAGUUCAGUCUCCUGGAUCCAUUAACUUCAUAUUAUGUGGACAGGGUAAAACAACUGAAUUAACAUAUUUAUAUAUUGAUAUGUAAAUUGUAUCAUCUUUUUACUGAAAUUUUCUCAUUUUCACUGUGUGUAUAUUUUAUUGCUCCUUCCAUUUACCAUUUGUUUAUUUAAUCAGAGCCAGAUCAUAAGCUGUGAUUUUUUUACAACAUAAAUGUUCAGCUUAUGCUUCAGUAUUUUGUUUAUUAUGAGCAGUAUUUUGACUCUUUGGAAGGAACUGACUUUUUCCAGUGACCAAAAUUACAUUCCAUGGCUUCUGAAGUCACUGUUACAAUUAGAGCUCUUAACUCAAAGAGUCACAGUGAGACAAAAUUAUCGAGUAUCCAUAGGCUUACACUAGGUGUUAGGCACCUGUAGUUUAAUUUCUGUUGUUUUGACAUAUUCUGACAUUUGCUGUUAUGUUUAGCUUGGACAGCAAUCUCAAGUACAUUCCUGGAAAAUAUUUUAUGUCUGAAAAUCUAAGUAAUGCCUUAAUCCUAGAAGAUGUUUGCUCAGGGAAACACCUAUAAAUGUGCAUCUGAAAGCAAUGUGAACUUCUGAGGUUUUGGCUACACGAAUCUCUGCAUAUGGAACUGGAAAUCUUAAUUCAAUUCAUAAUUUUUCAGGCUAUCAGACCUUAUGUUUCUCAUCCUCUUUAAAGUUGUGCUUUUAAAAAACACACACAAAUACUAUGAAAUUUUGUGGAAUGUGUAAUUUUUAUUAAAUAA